AUGACUACACUAAUUGAUAUUUCUAGGAAGUGUAAUGGAUCAUGCACGUGCUACGUAAACCAGGACAAAGAUGUAAAAGCUACAAGAAAUGAUAGUGAUGCUCAACUAGGUAAAUAUGGAUGCUGUACCCAUAUUUCCAAGGAUAAGAAGCUUGCACUGUACUGGAGAAAUAUUAAUCUUGAGACAACAAGUGGCAUUCCGUUCACCCAGCUGGAAUCUGUAACAACAUAUUAUCACAAACAUUAUGAACCAGGAACUAGUAUUAAGAGACCCCUUAUCAUAAAGGUUGAAACAAAUGCAGGAAAUACACUUUGGUAUGAAAAUGCUGAGCAUCAUGUUAAUAAAAAAUGGAGGAAAAUUGGUGAGACAAAUUAUUACAAAUCAAAUUCUGAAUUGAGGGAAACAUUGACUCAGGUUGCAUGUAGGCUGUACGGAUAUCAUCAAAUAGAUAUACACUAUAUUGGAAAAUACAGGUAUAAGUGUCUUAUUUGUGGUGAGCAUGUCACUGGAGAAAUUAAACCGAAAAAUUCUCCAGGGAGUACCACCGGAUAUACGAAAUAUACACAUGGCGAAAUAACAGAAAAGUCAAUUCUCACCCAUAAUGGUAAUAAAAUAACCUAUAAACGAAGAGGUAAUGGAGAGGUAUACUAUAUUCCCAUUCCAAUUAACGAUCCAGCAAAUAUUAAAAAUAUAUCAGCUUAUUACUGGGAAGAGGAUAAGAAGUGUGAAAACCCUCUAUUAAUAGAAAUAGGAUUAAAUAAUGGUGAUAUUCCAUUCUGGUUCGAAAAUAUUAGAGAAUUAGAUGGGGAAAAUGAUAAAUGGAGACAAUUGGGUCGACAAGAAUCUACUUCACUCUUUAGGUAUGGGAUCGAACUCCAGACAAGGUUGGAUAUUCUCAACUGUAAUAUUAAUGGAGUGGUUCACAUAAAAUUUGGAGUUACUAAAUGCCAUAGUUACAACAGUAUUAAACACAAAAAUAGGAUCGAUAGUGUAUUUACCAGGACCUUGGAAACAUCUCUUAUUUCUUCUUACGAGUACACUCCAAGUGAUGACUCCAGAAAUGAGCCAUUCGUAGUAUCUAAGUUUUUUUGUGGUGGUAUUGAGCAGAGUUUCCCAGUGGAUGCCCUUCCUCUAAGAGAAGUUAAAAACCUCAUUUACUAUAUGUCUCCUUGUGACAUCUCUAAUCCGUUUCUAGUAUAUGCAAAAUCAAAUGGUGACAACAAGUGGUUUAAAAGAACUAAUAGAGAUAUAUGGGAAAAUUGUGUAGAGUUCUCUAAUAAGACUCCUGAAAAGGCCAAUAAUGAAAUUAUAACGCUUUUUAACAAACUUAAAGCAAGUUUAGGAAUAAGUGAAUGUCUUAAUACUGUGCACAGUUAUAGCUCCGGUGUUAAACUCGAUAUUAAUGAAAUUCCAACUCGGGGGGAACGUAAUAAAAUAUACAAAGAUAGGAAUGCAUCUAUUAUUGUUACAAAGACGGAGAGAGAUCCAAAAUAUAGAUUUUUUAAGAAUACUCAUACUUCCACUAAAAUUCCCUUUGUUUUAGACUAUUAUACACAAGGUAGAGAUAGAAUAGGAGGUAAAAAGAUCCCCAAUGCCGAAAAUGUAGCUGUAUACUUUUGGGAUGGAGCUCCAACUAAUCCUAUCCUAAUUGGAGUUACCACCGAGAAUGGUCACCCCAAAACCAAGUACUACGGGAAAAGGAGUACGAAUAGUCAAUAUUGGAUGUUGGAACCUGUUGAACGUAUGAGCGAACAACAGGCGCUAGAUCACCAAAACUGUAAACUUAAUAACACCAUACCGUUCGACAUUCAAGACCCAUUAUUAUUUUCUGCGAGCAACUCUAAUUGUUUAAAUACAAAGGCACAGGUAAUAUCUAGUAAUGGUUCCAGACAAAUUGGAAAAGAUGAUAAGUAUUUGAUAGAAUACUACAAGAUUAAUAAACAUAAUGUCAAAAUUUCUAGAGCUACAUACAAGACCGAAGAUACCACCGUUAUUCCACCAAAUACACCUGUAUCGCAAAUAAAAUUAUAUUAUUGGGGUAGAGGACCAUCCGAACCUCUUAUGGUUGAGUUUAGGCAUAACAAUGGAAGAUAUUCUACCUGGUUUGAGAGAUUAACUCAUACAGGCACUGUAUGGGAACCUAUAAACGAAAAGGACUCAGAAGCCUUUUAUUCUGAAUCCCCAAAAUUAGAUGCUACUCCACAAUUCAUUAACAGGUUAGAUAAAGUAAGCUGCACAAUUAACCGCGCUGUGAACAUUGAUAUAUCCAAGAAGGAUGUUAAGUACUGCCAUAAUAAAUGCUUGAACAAAAGGAUAUACUCUAAGAGAGUCAAUAGUGAAAUUCCUAACUAUAUAAUUUACGAACACACUUCUGCAAUUAAUGGUCAGGAUAGAUUCAUGAUAUCUUCGAUAUACAACGAUACUACGAAACAAGAUAUUGGUAAUCUAGGUCUAAAUCUGUAUGAUGUAGAAAAGUUAACAGUAUUUUUUCCAACAUGUAACGAAAGAGUCCCUAUUGUGAUACGUAUUGAACAUAUGGUAGGACCUAGAAAAGAAGAGAAAUGGCUUGAAAGAAUAUCUAACGAUAGCUGGAGAGAUGUCACUAGAGACUUUAAAGGGAAAGCUGAUGAUAUAACGGCGUUAAAAAAUCUUCUAGAGUCCAUUAAGGAUACUACGCGUGUAUGUAAUCAACCUCACCUUCCUAGUCCACAGUAUAUAAAUCCUAGACUAGGAACAGCACUCACUUUGGAUAAUGAAACUAUUGAUGUUAGGCUGAAAAAUGAUAUUGGAGGUGAUGAACUAGAUUUUGGAGAUGAGGAAUAUUACGAAGUAAGCAACGAAGAUAAAUUGGAGAUUCCCACACUUUCAGCUCUAAAAAGUCCUCCGAAUGGAAUAACCAUUAACGUUAAGAAAAAACCAAGCGGUGGAGAUAGUGGAACAUACAUUCUUCCAGAUGGACAAGUUGUUAAGUUGGAAAAGUCUGAGGAUCCCAAAGGUUCUGGCUUCUGGAAGUUUACACAUACCAAGAAUGGUGAAAAGUCGUUUAAAGUUGAUAAAGUGGAGUAUGAUAACAAAAUUAUAGAUACUUCUAAAUUACCGAUUUUGGACAACAAGAUUGAGUAUCUAUCGGUAUGGUACUGGAGACACAACGGAAUGUUGAAUCCCCUUCUUAUAGAAGUUAUGAUAGAAAACGGAGAAUACAUACAUAUUAAAAACCUUGGAGAUAACAAUUGGGUUAAACAUACCAGAGAUCGUUCUGAGGAAAAAAGUCAAUUUCAAGGUGAGUCCCUCGAGAAGGAACUAGAUGACCUAAACUGUAAACAUAAUGACGCUGUAACCUUAGAUCUGUCUCACAAGAAAUCUGAAGGACUUUCUAAGAAAUAUUCCAGUAGUGAAAAUGAUAAUAGAUAUUGUUGUCUUUAUCAUAAUGGUCCUAGUUCUAAGAGGGUAUCCGUUAAGGAACAACGAGUUUAUUGUACACAAAAUAAUCACCACCCGAUUCCCGUUCCCUACUUCAAACAUGAUGUUAGUAAUGUUGAUAAAGUUAGACUUGCAAAGAUUAAGUACUACUUAAAUGGUGCCAACAAUACUGAUAGGAAGAGAGUAACUUUAAGUGAAUAUCCAUUUCCCAUAGAUGGUCCACUUACCGUCUCUGUAUUCUAUUGCAAAGAUAAGGAUCCAGUUCUAAUUUAUUUGGACUAUAAUGGUAAAAAGGAUGCUAAGGGUUGGUACAAGAAAGAUACUCUUAAUGGUGACGAUGUUCCAUGGAUUAAAGUCACUAAUGAGCUUUCCGGUAAAAGCCCAGAUGAUAUAAAAAACUGUAGUGACGAGAGAUUUAAAGCACUUGUGAAGGAACUAAGUUCGUUCGGAUGUAAAUAUGGACAGUGUCCUGAAUUUACUAAAUCCUCACUUCCGGAAAGUGUUGGCGGACCCAGUGCUACUGUACAUGAACCUCAUGCUGUUAAUGACGAUAAGUCUGGAGGAUACCUUGGUGAAGGAUAUCUAAAAACAUUAGUAAACCUUGGAAUAAUGGGAUCAGUUGUGGCCAGUGCAGUUGGUACAGAGACCUUAAGGACAACUCUUGGACUGGCUAAAGAGGUUAUUGAUGCUCUUCCUACUACUGAUAUUCAUACCGGUCAACAUGAACAAUCUCCUGAGUCAUCUGAUAACCAAUCUCAUGCUCAUGAAGAUAUAGAUACUAAAGAUGUCCCUGGUGGAAAGUUUCAGACUAGUAGUACAAUAAGUAACAACUAUGAUUGGUUACCACACUGGAAUUCUUUAACUAAAAGAUUGUCUGGAAGUCUGCUCCCUAGUCAAAUAAUAAAAUCUCAGGAUUCUAGUAAAGCUAAUCAUGAGUCUGCAUCUCCUGAUCCUCAACUUGAUACUAUCCCAUCUGUCCAAAAUACUCCAUCUGGAAGUGUGGGAGGGCAAAGUCCUGCUCUUUCUGGAGAUGGUGAUAGAGGAGCUGAUGGAGGUACUACUGGUGAAGUUCCUCAUGCUGAAUCUGGAGGUAGAGGAUCAGACUCUACUGCUCAAGGAGGAGCUGGUACUAGUGAUAGUGAAAAAGGUGACCCUGGUAAACCAGCUGAAAAGGUUGAAGUUGCUGGUGUUGCUAAAUCUACUGAAAAUCCUCAAACUUCUAGCUCAUCUAACCAAGGUUCUCAUCCCGAAGAACCUCCUAAAGAACUUGCUACUGAUCAAGGACGUGCCGAAACUCUUGCUACUUCUGGAGCUGACACUGCUACUCCUACUCAACAAACUACUCCUUCUGCUAAUCCCGCUGAUAAAGAAGCUCAACCUGGUCAAGUUUCUGCUCCUAAAGCUGGUACUGCUCCUAAAAAACCUGAAUCUCUUGUUGCUACUACUGGCGGUGUCCUUGUUGGAUAUAUCAUACCUUCUGUUUUUGGUGGAUCCGGUGCAGCUGGUCUCGCUGGGUGGAAACUGUAUAAUCGCUAUAAAGGAGACCCUUGGGUUCGACAGAUAUGA